AUGAACUGGGGAGGUGAUUCCUGGCGGGAAUAUGCGAAUUGGAACCAUGAAAACACGAUGAGAAGCUGGAACCACGGAGCAUCCUGGGGCCCGCCGGCGCUUCAAUAUACGCCAUAUUAUCGGCCGUCUCAUUACCAGAAUGAUAGGUUUCUCGUCUGUCCAUUAUCAGUUUUGUAUUAUGUGAUUUCAGGAGAAACGGGAUCUAUUCCAAUCCUUCUCGCUCUUUUCAUCCAUAUGCAAAGGCGACACAGCAACAAAGGUUACCGGCCCCACAAAACAAUCUCCACCAGUUUCAAAACGCUGGUAAACCUGUUAUUUGAAAAAAAAAGAAGUAAAUUUGAUUUGAGGGAAAAAGUUUCCCGGUUUGCGGAGCGGCAGAAUCCUGCGUGAUCAAGUCCGGGAGAGAGAGCUUCUGCGAGCGCAGAACAAUGAGGAAAAAAAGAUGUUCGAAAAGAUUGACCUUCAGUUUGACAUCUCCUCGCAGAGAAUCGAACUACGAUGGAAAGCGCCUACUUCUAUUAGUUAGUUUUCGUUGUUUAAAUGAUUUUACUGAGUUUUUUUUUUCUAGAAAAUGUGUUCUACCGUCUCAAAUGCAGCGAUCCAAAAAAUCCAUCCAACAAGUGGGUGACGUGUGAGAGGACAUGGACUCAGACGUAUUACGAGCUCAAAACUACUCCUGGGCAACUAUACUGGUUUUUCUUUUCAUUUUGGUUUUUCGGAGAAAUCAUCGGUUUAUUCAGGGACUUUUGAACAAAUUCAGUUUUGUUUCUUUGAAAGGGAUCUUUGAAACAAUUUUUUGCAGUAUCGAUGUGGAGUGUUUGACUCUAACAGACUCGAAAUUGAUCGCUCGAGGCUACGAAGAAGUGCGAGCAGGUUUAUUUCUUGAGAAAGUUGCGACUAAUUAUUUUUCCUGAAGCUUUCAACUACGAAGAACUCAAGAGACUUUACGAGAAGUGUAUAAAAUCCGUAACGACUAACAAGAAUGACUUCUACAAACACGAGUUCUACGUUCUCUAUCGGUUUGACUGAGAACAUCUCAGAUUGGAGCCGAAAAACUUCAGAUGCAAGCCGAAACUCUACUGGGACGAAAUCCAUCACUGCUGCAACGGGAUCAUGCACAAGUACAUCAAAGACGACAACGGCCAGCCGGGGAAUCUCAUCAAUGGCCUUAUCAACGGUAUGAUUAACUUCAAAAAAUGAUUAAUUGAUGUUCCGCAAUAUAUUUUUGUGUUAUUGGUAACACGACUUUUUUGGUGAGGGAAUUAUUGCGUUGACAUGAAAAAGAUCCAUUACAAGAAGAUUUUGCGUAAGGUUGAGAAAAAAAAAUAUUCGAAAGGUCAUGCAAAUAAUGUUCCAGCAAUAAGCUCAUGGUAAGAGUAACACAAAAAAAGAAUGAAGAAAGUUCGAAGAAAAGAUGGUUGCAGGAUUGUUUUUCUCGGCACGACUGCUUCCCGACGGAUCGAUGCCGGUCGCUUCACCUUUCGGCAACGUCCGCAUGUCCGUCAACGCCGUGCUCCUUCUCGAUCCCAACAAGUAUCACUUCUACUUUUCCGAUUUCUACUGCAACUACAUGACUCACUACGUUACGGUCGUUAUUUGCCUCAAAGGCUCCGAUACAGACAAGUUUGCUCAAAGCUAGAAGUUUUUCUAAUUUUGACUUCAAGGUACUGUUACUCCAAACUUUUGCGCCUCAACCCUGAAGAUAACCCUUUCCUACAGGUAGAAAUCAAUUCUUAUCUUAAAUAUUGUCAAUGGGUCAGGUUGUCGCUUCAUCUCAUCCUUACUACCCACCUCGCUUUUUUGUGAAUAGCAGUGUGUGGGUUGAGAUUUACUACACAGAAGACAUCCCAUUGAACUGGGGCAGCUUUGAUGCGAUCGAUACUAAAGGUUCUUUUUUCAGCAUCUGGUUGUUUUGAUAAAAAGUAGGGUGGUAUGAAAAAAAGACCAGCAAAAAUUCAAACGACGACUUUUCUGAUUUUUUCAUAUCGCUAGGGAACAUUCCGACGGCCACCUUUCCGCCGAAAUUUUUUCCGUCUUUUUUUCUCGAUAAACUCUUCGUUUUAAAUGUUCCUAUGUAGAGUAGGCAAGUUAUUUAAUGUUUAAAACACACAGAAAUAGGAAAAAAAAAGUUAAUAGAUGUUUUAUAAACCGAAUAAAAAUUUGAUAAAAGUUAGUUGAUUCUGUAGAGCUUUUUAUCCCACCCAAGAAAAAUUUUUGAACUCCCAUACAAGUUGAAUCGACAUUAAAGCGAAAUCUAAUGAGAUAUGCAUUUGAAUGCAAAAACGGAACGUCGUCGUUGAUUAUUUCAAAAAGAAGAAAGAAAUUAACAGUAAAAUUGUUUCGAGAGUACCUCUUCUCUAUUUCAGUUGGAUGUGUUCUAGAAAUUAUUUUAGGAGCGGGAACUUCGAAAAUCGGAGGGUUGCCAAACAACAAAGCUUGCACCAAGUGCAAUCUCUACCCAGUAGAAAUGAAGACGAGCGAAAAUCUUUCUGCUGGAUCCGCCACGUCAAUAGACGUCACCGUUCAGGAAGAAUCCGUCAACUCGACUCUCCACGUCCUCACACUCGCGGUUCACACAACUUACAUUCAAAGAAAUGACUUGGGAGUGCAGGAUCGGUCAGGACUCCACGAGGUGUUUGAAGACGUUGUUAUCACGAUUUGCGACUUGGUGGACAGCGUCUGCGAGAACGUGGUCCUCAGAGAAGAGGUCUUGCGGAAGAGCGACGAGGACGUAGAAGCCGCGUUGGAGCGCAUGAACCGCGACGUCUCCUUAUAUGCGUCUACUCCGCCUAUCGUCAACGCUGCCAAAAUUCUUUCCGACUUUGUCAAGUCUUUCACCAAGUUGGUUUUUUUUUGUUUUUUUUUUCUCAUCGUGAACUAGUUUGUAUGCAUUUUUGCCGCAAAAUCAGCUGUUUUUACAAACUCUCGAAAUGAAAAGCUGACGCGAGGGAUUUUAAAAAUUGUGCAGAAAUUGCAAUUAGGUCUAAUUAUUCCACCUGAGUGUUUAUCAAAUGAUUCAAAGAAAAGGUAUUGAAGGGAUAAGGGAAUAAGUGUGAAAAUUAAAUAUCCAGAUUUUUUUUCCACUGUCAUCGAGAGGGAUUUAAUUUUUUUUUUUGUUCACUGGAACGAAGUCUGAUCGCUAUAUCUCGCCUGAAAAAUGCAAAAAAGUUAUGUUCAAUCAAUCAUAGAUGAUUGCAAUGUAUUUUUUUGCUUCAUUCAAGGUCUAGUGAACUCAAAAUUGUUAGUUUGGUUUUUUGGAGACCCGAAAGUCUGACAAAAGCCACAAUAGAACUUCAAACGGCUUGUCAUCUUGCAACCUUCAUGAACUUCUUCAUGUCUAUCGAAUGAUAGAGCGAGGUUUUUGAUAAGAUUGAAGUCUCUAAAACUUUUUUUCAACUCGGUUCCUCUAAGCCUAGAAAAUUUUGACUCGUAAGGAACAAUAAAAAAUUAUUUUUCUUCCUAAUGAAUUUGUUAAGAUCGGGAGUAGGUUUGGAAAGUUUUUAUCCAUUUUUCUUUUGUACCCACUUGGUGUCGGGUUUGCCGGAGACAGUGUUUUAAGCUGUUUCCCGCUGGUUCUCCAUGUGAAAAAUUGUAAGACAUGGUCUGUUUCAGACAGCGAAAUGCCGCUCUGAAUGCCCUGCGAGAGCUGCAGACUAACGCGCGGAACGACUGA